AUGGCGGAGUACUUGGCGAGUCUGGCACCGCCCGCCACGACGGCGCCCGCGGUGCUCGCGGCGCCGCCCUCGCCGGCGGCCCCAUCUGCCAUCGCUUCGGAAGCCACGGCUUCUAGCAGGACGUCUGCGGAGGAAGUCUCCAAAGUGAUAUCGUCGGCAGUGCGUGCCGCGCUGGACGAGGCCGCAAACGGACUUGGUCUGAUCUGGAUUGGGCACUACGACAGCGCGCCGUCGCCCGCGCAGUCCGGCUUGGCAUCGCCGGCAAAGAAAGGCGGUGGUGGCGGCCAUCCAUCGCAGAAGGGUGGAGCCGGCAAAGGCAAGGAGCGAGCCGACUCUGCACAGGCGACCAAGAUCGAGUUUGGGCUUCCCCCGUCGAUGGUGCAAUCACUCCAAUCGAUUGCUACGCGAUCCACACAGGAUCUUUGGAGUCAAGCUGCUUUCACUGCGGAAAAUGCCACAGUGGAACAACUUGCUCAGAGGAGUGCCAAUGCUUUGGGGCGGCUCUCGAAGCGGCUCAAUGGCAAUGUUCGGGCCAAGAACGAUCUGCAAGAGGCCCUCCUGGCAUGGAUGGCCCUGAUUGGACAGCAUCUUCUCGGCCUGGCCCACCGCGUCGACGCAGUUUGCCGGAAGGUCGACGAAGACACAGUGUCAGCCGUGGAAGAAAUGAGGCAGGUCAUGGCGGCGCAGCCUUCGGUUACCACGGAGGAGCAGCUCGAUCGGGCCGUCCGCUCCCUGGGCCCUGUUUGGUCGGAGGCUCAGGUGACGGAGGUUCAACGUAUGGCGGCAGCUCUUCGGGCCUUUGCAACCACAGCUGCUCCUCCCACGCCGAUGCAGGGAAUAACACCAGGGCAAGGAAAUGUGCCCAUGGGAAGUACGCCACCGGGAACCUGGCCGUGGACUGGGACUCCUGCGGAUGUCCACCUGCCUGGGGCCCCGGAGCUGCGAUCUCAGCUGCCUCCUCCAGCUGCGGGAGAUUUGGGCUCCGAGGUCAGCUUCGGAGCGCUCGAUGGUCCGACCGCGGCAGUGCCACCGGGCUCGUCAUUGCCACGCGGGGGGCGGUGGCGCAAACGCAGUGGUGGUGGUAUCGACAGACCUGCAAAAAGCCCACGACGGGACGCGGUGAGCUCGCCAUGGUCUCGCGAGGCCACCGGUCGUACACCAGAGGGGCCUCGACGCGAAACAGCUACCGAGAUAGCCAGCGAGGAGCCCGAGCUUCUUCCAGCGGCCCCUGGUCCUGCUGCUGGCUCCUGGAUCGCCUCCUGGUUGGCUAUCCUGCGUUUUGCAGUCGACAAUGGUGCCGAGCUGAUCGGAGAGCUCAGCCGCAGCCCUCAGCAGGAUUUGGUUCUGCCUCUUGCAUGGGACGAUCAGGCGCAGGAUGUGGUGCUCAGUAUGGCCAAUGCUGCCUGGACUAUGUUGGAGGGAGCGGUCGCAGACCCGGUUCAAGCGGACCUCCAGGCACUCUUCCUCUCGCUUUCCGAGGCCCUGCAUGGAGUGCGGAGGUGCGCCAAUGCACUUCCCUUGUUACGCCAGGGCCUCGUGGUGGCGGCGCUCAUGUCUCUGGGUGGCCUACGAGACCCGUUCUCAUUCGCACCGGCCACGGCACAGGAGUGGCUGUUCCCGGAUCUCCUUUUGGAAGCUGGAGCUCGAGUAGGGUGCUACUUCGCCCCUGGUCACCCAGUGCUGCAGCUGACGCCGUCACUACUGGAAGUACACGAUGGCCUCGCCCAUCGCAGUGAAGAAGAGCAUCCUUGGCGGGGCUUUUCUGUCACUGCGCUGGGCCUUUUCCUAGGCAGAUGUGUUCUCCUGUACAUAGCCCUGAGCCGCGUAGUUCUUGUGGUAGACCGAUUUCAUGCAGCCUAUGGCAGGAAGCUCCCUUGGCACCGUGCGUGGCAACUCAGCAGUACCAUUUCGGCCACCGCAUGGUGGGUGGCGGCAUCCGCUGGUCCACCUGCACCUAUGCUGGGUUGUGCCAUUGUCAGCGAGUGUCUGGCCUUUGCCCCGUGCUUGUGCCUUGGCAUUCACUCACGGUUGGUGUGCGCGGCCCUGUGGACCUUCCGGUUUCUGCCUGCUGAACUUGUGUGCUUCCCUCUUCCCCGGCAUGUCAGGCCCGUCUGUCACCAUUUGAUUCGGCUCUGGCGACGAGGGCGCCACUCCGGGAUGCCCCGUGCUGGCCGCAGGAUCGCUCUGGUGAGGCAUUGCGUGAAGCCAGGUACACAUUCUACGGGCCGGCCGCCUCUUCGAGUCGCGCUUGUGUUGUUGUACUUGUCUGUUGUAGACGGCUCCUCCCUUCGGUUGGGCGUCGGGCUUCUUUCCGCUUGCCUUCCUCCCUCGCUUGAUGCCUUGCAACUGCAUGCUCAUGGGUUUCACGAGGGCCUUCCUGUCCUCAGUACUGGCCCGGUCCUUCCUACUCCCUCUGCCGAGGAGAUGUGCGAAGUGUACCCAGUCGGUCGGACUGGAAACCUGCUGCUGCCUCGCACGGAUAGGAGCAGGCGGCACCUCGCCGUGUUUGUUGGCACACCACCUGGCGCCCCGGUCCUUGAGCCUUGCCCUAUACCUCUUCUGGUUGACGAGUGGUUGCACGGGCCACUCCUGCACGACCGUGUAGCGGCAACUCUCGGCUUCCCGGCUGGGACUUUCACGGCAUCCUCUGUUCGCGGCAUUUUACCAGGACUUCCUGGGGAGCAGCUUCUCUUCACCCCUGUUGGGUGUACCUGGCGCCAAGUUUGGCUUCCUGUUGACAUGCGCCAACUUGGAGGGAGAAUAUGUAUGCUCCUUUGCCCACGUGAUUCCACAUGUCGUGCCAUUGCUCAGCUUGCUCUCACCGCUCAGGCUCUUCAGGCAGACGUUGAUUUGUUGUUAGCCCGCUGCCCAUGGGGCUGGCUGACACUCCUGUCCCAGCCACUGUUCUUGCAAAAUGUGGAUACCUUGCAAUUUCAGGUGGGGCCGACAACUGAUGCCUUGCAAGGACUCAUCGGAGCGUCACUGGAUCCCCCUCUCUCCCUGUUUUCGCGUAUGCAGGUUAGCCUUCCUACGGCGCCGCUCACUCAGGAAGCCUUCCCUGGGCACUCGCACAACCAAGCCAUUCUUCUCACUCCUAAUGGCUUGGUGUAUGUUGAGGCACCGGUGUUUGCUGACGCGGCCACUUUUCGGCGCAUAGUGUCGACGAAAGCCUCGCCGAGUGCCACCGGCGGUAUCAUGCGUAUUUGGCACCCAUUGCCUUCGUUGCCCCUUGUGCAGUUUCUCGAAAUUCAUUGUCGUGGUGACGAGGUGCCUUGUAUUCUUGAUUUUAGGCCCGUAGGCUGGCGCCUGACCACGGUGUGUGUGUCCCCGCCCGUCACUCCGCUUGCUGCCGUUGCUGCCGCGUCUUGCCGUGACAGGAAUAGCCUCCCUGUCGAAUGGGUCAACCAGUGUGCCAGAGGGGGUUUUGGGCUUCUCUACCGAGAACUUGCGGUUCUUCCUGAGCAAGUUCUCUCUGGUAACUUCCCGCUGGUUAUAAUGUUUUUCCCUCAUGUCUUCCGGCAGGAUUCUUCGCCCUCCUCUGAGGAGCAAGUCGGAGGAUGGGACGACGCGGGUACCUCUGACACCAUUUUUGCACUUCAACAUACCUUGUUGCCCUCGCACGCCAGCGCGUCAGCUGCGGCCGCCUUGCCGGCAUGCACAGGGGUCUCCCCGUCUGAGUUUCUUGACAGCACCUGUCUUGCAACACCUGACCCUGCUGCAGAGCCGGAUUCCGAGACCUCUUUUGCAGUGGGCUCGGUGUCCCCCCCCUGCCUUGGCUUCCUUGGCAUUGGGGUCUUGCAUGGAUUUCUGUCGGACAGGUUUGGAGGGUUGAUUUGGGGUGCAACAGCUCUUCUUCUCAACCUUGGCCUCUCGGAGGCAGUUCAGCUUCACAGUGAGCCCCCAUCGCCGCGUGAUGUCGUUGUCUCAGCCUCCAGAGCCCCGGAUCGCCAGGUUGCCGCGCCAGCCGGAGUACACACUCACCUUCAAGCAUUGUGGCUCCAAAGUGGAGACUUCGGGGAUGGCCAACUUUGGGCGGUGCUGCCAUCGUCUAGCGCGAGAUUGUUGAUCUCCUGUCGCUUAUGGCAACCUGGAUCUUCGGUCCGUCUUGAGUUUUCCAGCUCUGAUAGUGCACGGGAGGCCUCGGCCGAGGUGUACCGACAAGCCAUUCGACUCGGCCGCCCCCAAGUUGUUGCUGCGCCUGUCGGACCUACCCUCGACGCGAUCAACUUAAUCACCCUCCCCAGAUGCUCAUCUGCCAUCACCGUGCUUCUUGAUAUUGGCCAGGAGGUUGUAUGCGCUGAGCUGCCGGCAGCAUAUGCUGCAUCACAUGUUCUUGAAGCCGCCCAGACUGCCGCUGGAUCUACCGAUAUCCAAAUUUUGAAAGGCCACGCACAUAAGCUGAGACACGGUGAUGUUGUCAGGGUUGUUGUUAAUUCUGCGGCCUGUGCCAUUGAUGUCUCCUCUUUUAUGCUGCCAUGUCGAGGUGCGCCAGCCUCUAGUUGGCUGCACGAAAUGCGUGUUAUUUCCAUCCUCCACCCGCAUGAAGGGGUGUUGUCCUUCGAAGUACCGCGCUCGAAUGUUGUCGACGCUGCCCUGUUGCAGGCUCUUCUGCGCGGCGUUACUACGGGGUUUAAACACAGUUUUGUGGAAGUCCCUGGGCUGGAUGCACUCCCACAUGCCACUUUCGCAGCGGCUCAGACCGGUCAGGACUGUAUUGUCUAUCGGCUCACUGAUGUCUCCGAUGCUGCAUCAGUUGGCCUUUUCUUGGUCUUUUCUGGAGUCUUUGACUCAUUUCCGACCUUCCUUGCCAGCCUUCUGCAUAGUCCCCGGCCAGCGGCGACUUUGCUCCGCAAGCUUCAGCCUUUUGGACUGUCUGUGUUAUCUUGGGAAUGCACUCCCAUGCCAGGCCGGGCUGACUGCCGGUUUUGGUUUGUUCACACGCAGGCUGAUUUUGCACGCGCAGGCCGACAUCUGGUGCGCUUUCUUGGUGAGCCCCGUGUCAUCCGUCAGUCUACACAUCUUCCCCCUCCUCGAGGCCGCACCCUUGCUCAUGCUGAGGUCCAGACAAGCGCUCCAUUCAUUGCGGCGAGCACACCUGCUGCGGUUCUGCAAGCUCCGCCCUCCAAUUGUGGGGUAGGCAUUGUUCCCGACUCUGCUUCCGACUUCGCCAGUGUGUGGUGCGAAGCUUGGCGGGUUAAGUGCACUGUGUCUUGCAUCCCGGGAUUUUCAGUGUGGGCUUUACGUGAAGGGGGCCGACUUGUCGGGAUGUGCACACCAACUCCGGAUUGGGAUGAUGUGGCACGGGCUCUGUCCCUCUCCCUGUGGGAGUUGCCCCACACAUUCUUGUCGGAUCGUGCCCAAGUUUGGCCGUACCCCAGAGAUCUGUCCGGGGUUGCUGGUAAAUGUGUUAGUGUAGGGUACGACUCGCCUGAGGGUGUCUCGCAGUUGCUCCGGCAAUGUCACCCCCACUUUCCAAGCCCGCCACCUGCUCCGGCGUCACUGUCCUCCACAGCCAUGAGUUGGUUAUGCUUCAGCAAAUGGCGCCUUCCCUGGCUCUUGGGCGUUCUGGCUGUUCAGGUGAGUGCCGUCCAGCUUCCGUUGGCCCCGUCCGACCUUGCUCCCCAGACCCGGUCUGGCGACCCCCUUCUCACGCGCCGGGACUUCACGCGGACAUGCACUCUGUCCUGGACCCACGAGCUAGGCCGACAGACGCAUGGAUUCGCUGUCGCCGCCCCCCAGCUGGGUGCCUAUAUAACCUGCACAGCACCCUUGCCAGAGGUUCAGAUCCAUUUAUGGCUUCCAGGCCAAGGGCCAGUUCAUAUGAGGGUCAGUGGGAGGCAUCUUGAUCGGCACCUCAGCGCGUACUUGGGUGCUUUCUUGCCUGAUUGCGAGUAUAGCCUGCAUGUGGCUUUCGACUCCAACCCACAAGUCCUGGACCUUCUGGUUGCGCCCCCAUCCCCUCUUGUCUGGUGGAUCCUUCGAGAUUCGAUUGGAUGUGAACUGCUACGGCCGGUUCUGCAGCACUACACCUCGCACUGCACCUUUUUCUUCUGCACGGUUGAGCCCGAUGGUGUAGUCUAUAAUGUUGAACCCUCCGCCGAAGUUAGGUACAUGCUUCCAAGCCCCCAAGGCGCCCGAGCCCUCAUUACCCGCGUCCUGCCUGGGCUUGUGGGUAAGGUUGUUGACGGUGUCCUACAGGUCGUUGCGGCCAGGGCUUGUUCGUCGCAGCUUUUUGGAGGCCUCUCCCUGUUUCUCCUCAGCCGCCUGGUUCUCUCCAUGCAGCCGCCAGCAAUGCAGCAGCCCGGGCAACUCGUUGUGGCCAAUCCGCCGGCCCCCUCUACCAUUCGAAUUUGGACACUCAAUGUCAAUCAACCAGUUGAUCUUCCAUGGCGUUCUCAGGGUUACCCUACGCGUUGGCUGAGGGACCUGAUGUGUCGGCUUCAUCACAUUGAUGACCCCGGGGAAUUUCGCUCGACGCACUCGUUCCCUGACAGUACUGUGCAGCAUGUUCUUUUUGUCCCUGUGGUCCCCGCCACGCAACCCACUGCCCGAUUUUGGCUUAUUCAUUGGGGGGCCGCUGCUGUGGUCACUUUUGGCCAUUCGCCUUUCAACUGGGACGUUGUGUCUGCGCACCUCCGUGCCCUCUUUCAGGGUGGGCAACUACCGGAACGUUGCCCUGCGUUGUCCUAUGCUGGACAAUUCUUUCCGCCAGGAACCGCUUUGCCUGACUUUCCCUCUGGGGCGAUUAUUCAGGUUCUUAUUGGUGCCCUUGCUAGGCUACCUAGUGACGAUGACCCCUGGAAUCCAGAGCCCUUUGUUAUCGAGGGACCCUACUUCCGCCAUGUGCCGAGCCGUGGAGAACCUGCCAUCUUAAUUGACGGACACGGCCAGCGCCUUGCUGAUGGUGCUACCCUUGCCCCACUUGUAGAUCAGGGUGUUCAGACUGAUCUCUCUGGCAACGGUACCGGCCUCGAUCAUGCUACAGUGUCUCGGGUCCACCAUCUUGCCCGGGAACUUUCCUUUCAUACGUCGAGGCUCUGGGCGGGUCUGGCGGAGCCAGACGCUGAACCUACAGGUGAUGGGCAGACAGUUUUGCGUUUGUCCUCUCAAGGUGCUUGUGCGUCAGCGUCCUCUCCGACUGUCGACCUACUUGAUAUCAGCGGCCCCUCCAGUGCUAGGACUUGUGCGCCGCUGCACACGGUCGUGGGACUGGCUCUAUGGCUUUGGCCCCCAAAGGGCUCCUUUGCAGUCGGAGGCCUUCUUGCAUUUGCCUCCGUUGGUUCUUGCUCCAUUAUGACCCCUCCUGCACUCUGCUCCGAGGACGAGCUCGAGGAAGAAGAGGAGCCUCUUCCCGUCCAAGCUUCCGAUAUGUCCUCUAACGCCUCAGCCCCAGUUCCUGUCAGGAGGCCGGCGGGCCCGCCGCCACCUGAACCUGUUAAUGCCCCGUUCCAGCCAGGCAUGAUGUACCUUCGGGCCGCACGUCCCCUUGAGGACUAUGCGCUCGGGCAUUGGCCGUCCACGCAGGAGAGGGAGCCUGCUGCCUCUGAAGAUGUGAUACGGCAAGUUCAGUCUGACCUCCUUGGCAUUCAGCGGGGGAUUCGCACAUUUGCUCCUGCCAUACCGCUAGGUACCCCCUUCUGUAUUCAUAAUCCCUUUACUGCCCGACAACAGUGCGAGAUUGUAGAGUACUCAGCAGGACCUGAGAUCAACCCUUUUGUUCUGUUCGCGGGCCACGCCAGAAGCCGUGGCUGGGCUGGCCUCGCACUUCUGCAGCCACAGCCGGACGCCGUCGCCGUCCAUCUCAUUGGCUGCCCGCAGGCUCCCGGCAAUGCGGCUGUGGGUAUCAGCAUUGCAGGUCGUCUUGUCCCGUGUUGCUUACCGUCGGCGGUUGCCGCGGCUGCCCUGCAGGCGCUGCAUCUUGACGGUGAGAUGUAUGACAUUCGCCCACCCGAGGUGCAUGAAGGUACACAGGUCAUUCAAUUUCGCAAUGGUGACUGCCUUUCUGCCAGCCGCUCACUGUCUCGAGCGUUCCCACCGCCUCGCCCCGUCAACCCAGCGGCCGCUGCUGCCACUGCCAGCCAUGUACUGACCACAGGCGAGGGUCCUACGGGUGCGACAUCGGCUGUCGUGUGGGGUGCGCCUAUUUGGGGCCGUUGUCUUCUUGCCCUAGUUGGCCUCCACCGUCCUUUUGUGGCUGCCAUAGUGGCUCUUUUGCACCUGUCUGUGUCUGGCAUGCAUCGGCCAGGAGGGUUUCCGUGGGGUGUUGACCCCGCUAAUAGGGUUUUCGCCGGUAUCACUUCCGAUGACCCGGUAUAUGUUGUCUUGCAUAGCCCGUUCCAAGGGGUGUACCCGCCAUUUACUGUUUCCCACGACACCCAUCACUCCCAAGCCUGGGCGCAGUUCCUUAAUGAUGACCCUGGCUGGGCUGAGGAUUUCUUUCCUGUUUGGCCUGGGCCUGCUUUCAAUGAGCUGUCUAUCGUGCCUAUCGGUUGCGAUCCGGCCCUUGUCACAUUGAUGCUCAGUUGGAAUGGCCACCACCGGGCCGCUCUCACACCUAGGACGAUGACUGUCGAUUGGCUGACUUCCUUCAUUGCCAGACAUAUCAACAGUGCCGUUGGGGGGAUUUCGCUCCCGCACGGCCUCGCUAUCUGCGAGAUGUUUGAUGUCCCUCCGGCAGCUUUCAAGUUCCGCAAUGGAGAUGUUGUGUAUAUCCAUGACCCACCGGAGGACCCUCAAGAGCCGCUUGAGAUGGUGGAGCCGUGGCACCUGCAGGAUGGUCUUGCAGCGCACCACGCCCCAUGGGCUGUCGGUUUCCGGCUUAUGCACUCCAUCCCUGUCCACCUGCUUCGGCCGGAAAGACCUCCGCUCCUUACUUCGAUUCCUGCCGGCGAAGCUUGGUGCCCUGAGGCUUUCUCCUUUUCAGGAGAGUUCCGGAACCAGUUUCCCGGCAUGUGGACCCCUGUCCAGUGGACCAGUGCCCGGGCUUUACAACUGAUUGAGGUUCACGGAGUUGCGGCAAAAGUAAAUGUUGUUGCGGCCACGCCUGAAGGGCGCUUGUGUCGUUCUGUUGAUCGCGUCGUAUCUCGACGCAGCAUCGCGGAACAGCUCCACCUUCGCCCGAGGACCAUCCAAGUCGGGGGCAUACCUACAUAUGCCUUGGAGCACGCCUGUGCGAUGUUGUCUUCGGUGAGUUCGAGAGGGGUGCUAGCCCCUGCCUAUGCUCUUGGCCCUUACACUUAUACGCAUGCGGUCUCGGCUGCCGUUCCGCCCCGGCUUACUUUUACUUUGGCCAAUCCUUUUGCAAGCUGGCAUCGUGUCGUGGUGGACCCACAGCACGCCUUUGACGAAGUCAUUGCCGAGGCCCAUCAUACCUUAACCUCCUGGCAUCGGGGCUUCACGGAGACGGGGCUUGUUCUCGAUGGCUCCCGCGUUCUGGUGCCGCGCCCAGGUGGCAGGUUGGUAUCCAUUGUCCUUGCGGGGCUGGGGCAGCUCAUUUGUGUUAUCCUACCAGCUUUCCUCACGCCACGCGAUCUGAUGCAAGCUCUGCAGCUGCGUCUGGGACGUCGCGUCAGUGUCCACUUGCAGCCAGGGCUGGCAGAGGCGGCCUGCACAGCACGGCCCGUGUUGGCGUUACGCUCCGGCGACGUGGUUGCAGUGCGCCUGCAGCAAGUCGACCCCCUGGCUCAUACUCGUGAACCCCCAGUGUUUCUCACAUGGGGUGCAGCACAUGCUGCAGCGGCUUGGCAUUCUGACUUUAUUGUGGCACAUGCCUCCUGUGUUCUGCUCUGGUCACCUGCUCGCCCCACACGCAUUGUCAUGGUUGGUCACCAAGCGCGUUGGAAUGCCGCGGAAGCCACGGUGCACCCGCAUGUGUCUGAGUUUGGUGACUCAAGGUGGGCCCCGUGUCAUGGGCACAUCGGCACCCCUCCCUGGUUAGUCGAGCAGUCUUCUGCCGCCGACUGCGUCAAUAUCAUCCAAUCCCGGAGCACCACUCAUUGUGUUGAGGUCAACCGUGGCGCUGCUCAUGAUCUGUACAUUCAUGGCUUUUCCCUGAGACCUGCGUCCAGCACCGUCCUGGAGGAGUCGAGCCUUCGUAAUGGCGACUGGUGGGUGUUAUCCUUAGCUCUUGGCUGGACCGGCCGACUUUCUCCCACUGUACGCGCAGCUCUGUUCUUCUUUACCCUCAUCGGGAAUGGCCAGGCGGCAUCCUCCGGCUCCUCUGGUAGCUGCCCUAGUGUGGAUUCCUCGGAAGCUCGCACCAUCCGCAUGCACCAGACGAUCCUCUGCCCCGUGCGUGGAUGGAGUGAGUAUCAUCCGGUCAAUCUGGUAACUCUUGCACCAGUGGCCCCUUUCGGUAUGGCCACUGUGGUCUUGCAUACCUUGAGUGGUUCGGCGGUCGCCCUGGCAUCAGUGGACUCAUCUCUUGAGGAUGUUCAGCGUCUUGCUGCGCGGUUACUGCCUGACACUCGGUUUUGGGAGGCCAUACCUCCUCCCACUCUGCGAGCACUUCACUCCUUCUCUCAUCUCCACCUUCGCAACGGGGAUGCAUUUGGAUUUCUGCCCACGGCGUCGGAUCCCGGCUCAGCCCGUUUCCCUGCCCUGCAUUAUCCGUCCCUCGACCGUGCUCGGCAGGUCGCAAGUUGGUCACUCCCUUUCCGUUUUGAGACUGGCGGUCUGGCCACGUUCUGGUCUACUUCUAGCCGGGUGGGCCGCCCGAUCUAUAUUCGGGAUUCGGCGUACUGGGAUCCACUCAUCCCCACUUUCAGAAGCCUCGGAGGCGACAUCAUGCCUGGUUCGUGGGUGCCGGUUCUUACUGGCGAUCUGUCUGAUCUCCACCUUAUGGCACGCACUUCGGUGUCCGAAGCUCAUGUGAUUUUCUUGCUCCCACCUGAGAUGGCCCCCGUCGGCGUCCUGCUGGCAGGUUGCAACACCCAGCGACCCCCGGUCGGUUGGCGACUUUUACCCGCGCUUCGUUAUGUACGGGCCGGGAGUGAACUGCGGGAUGGCGACGUCUUGGUUGUCGAUAAGACUGCCUCUGAAGUCUGGGACCCCUUCAGCCUCCGGCCGCCCAGUUUAGAUGAGUCCGGACUCUAUCCCUGGCGGGCUAAGCCAGGUGAGGCCGACCUGAUCGAUCUUACACCCAGGCCCGAGCUUGAUGUCGUCCUCUUGAGCCCAUUCCGCGGGCCCAUGGAGGCGGGCCGUCUCUAUACGUCUGCUACCCUUGAAGACCUGCAUUCUCUGGCGGCCUCUUGCGACCCUGGGUGGAAUGCUGAAGUUGCGCCGGUGUGGCCCACGGCUGCAUUGCAGGCCCUUCUUGUUGUCCCCCGCCCUGCAACUGCUGACCUCGUCUGCCUUGCGGGCACGUCCCUCGACCGACAUUUCUCUAUCUUGGUUCCCUGCGCAUCCACCUUACUUUGGCUUGGUGAGGCGCUGCGAUUUCUUCAGCCUCUCCAGGCCCUUGCAGUGCGUGCCCCUAGUGCGACUACAGCGCUGCUGUCGCCCGAUGCGCCUAUCCGCUGGCGCUCCGGCGAUCUCAUCGUGGCCCUCCCAGCCGAGGCUUUCGAGCCCACCUAUCAACCACCCAUCUUCCACACCGAUGCGCAAGUUCGUCAUUGUGCCGUUUGGGCUGUGGAUUUUGUGGUUUCCGUACGAAUUAAUCUUGUUCUCUGGCGGCCGGGCCAACGUGCGGUGCGGGGACAUGCGCAGGCUGGCUCGCAGUGGCGAGCGCUGGACUUCACCUUUGCGGGCGACUUUGGCCGCCACUACCCAGGGCGUUGGGUCCCCGUGCCUUGGAUUGCCCAGGAUCACGCCCAUCUCGUGGUCGUUUCGGAGAACCCGGAUUAUGUGAAUGUUGUCGUCGAGGCUGACGGCAAGUGCUGGUGUGCCCCUGUCAAAGCCACCACUGAUGCAUGGCAGCUUUGGACAGAUCUCCCCUCGGUUACGACGCAGCCGCGCGUCCUUGGGGUGCCCCAGCAUGAGCUCCGACACGGCACAGUUCUCCGAAACGGCGAUGUCGUUUCCGGUGCGGCGUCUCACUCUCAUCUUGGGGGCACCGGGUGGCUGGUUGGCCUCCUGCCUAUUGUUUUGGGGUGUGGCGGAGGCAGGGACCUCUCUGGCCUGAUUGCAGCUGGCCUCACUCUUGCCCCGCUUUUGGGGAACGCAGGCACCAGUCUAUUUCGGUGGUUACCUGGGUUGUUGGCGUUUGGGUUCACCGGUGUCGAAGCGACCCGUCUCCAGACGUUAACAGACUCGGAUCGCACGUGUCAUCGACUUUGGGAGCCGUCUGGUUGUGUCCUUGGCCCCUUCUUCGGACCGGCUGCUGGGCCACCUUCCGGUCUCCGGACCUCCGCUGCUGCAUGGUCCGAUUUUACUUUGGUUACGCCCCCUCAAGACCCUCGAUUUGUGGACUGGGUACCUGUUCCCUCGGAUCCGCUCUUUGUUGUUGUGCUACUUCAAUGCCCGCCAGCCACUAGGGCCGCAAUUCUUCCUGCCACCUGCACUGCUGGUGACCUCACUCGCGCAUGCCGACGUUCGGUACCGGAUUUGGCUUGCGUUCUUGCGCCACCCGAACUUUGGUGCGGCACUGCCUUUUCCGUUAACCCCACCUUGUUUCUCCGGUCUGGGGAUGUCUUGACUCUAGCCUGCGCUAAUUGGGCUCCCCGACUCCGCUCCCCGUGUGGGCGGUAUUGGGAUACUCUUCCUCAGGCCAGGCGAUACGCUUUUUGGGGCAGUCCUUUCCAGAUCCGCAAUCCCGGCCUUCUGUUUGCAUGGUCUGCGGGCGAGCCAGUUCCGCUCACGGUACAUACUGAACGGGAUGAAGUGUGGGACCCUGUGCAUUGCACCUUCCGACCCUCUCUCGUCCGGUUUAGUGUCGACAGAUGGAUACCUGCUGCUAGAUAUGAUGUGUUGGGUCUUCACUUGGUGCCGGAAAGCCCCAACCUUCAACGGGCACAUGUUUUGCCUGUCCAGCCCCCCAUGCGCUUGCUGGACGUCCCGCGAUACUCUGACCACGGGCUUGUUCGUGACGGUGAUAGCAGCUCUCGUUGUAGCAGCGCUCCUGCCACCUGCCUGUGGCUUAGCCUUGUCUUGGUGCUUGCCCUCGACCCUAUUACGCCUGGUUGGUCGUGUGGUCUCGCAGCUCUCCUGUACGGGGCCUUUCAUGUUCCUCGCUAUCUUUCCUUCGCCACUGUCCUUCGGAUGUCUGACUGGGAACUUCAGACUGCGUGGCCAGGUGUCCGUUCUGCCCUACCCCUUGCCUCGCCCGUUACCAGCCGCCAAAGCGCUUGGUACUUGGCCUGGCCUGGUGCUGGCAUUAGGGCUGUCAUGCCUGCGGAACACUUGGAUGGACAGGUCGGAUCCUUGUUGUGUUGGCACGCGUGGUCGCCACCCGCGUGGUCUGCUUGCCUUCUUGGCUGUUACGGCCGGGCCUGGGGUGCCCCUGCCUGUCGUCACUACCGAGAGGCAGUUGAACAGUCGCCCCCCGGGGGCCGUUCUCUCGACCUCCAGGCAGCCGGUUACCAUUAUGCCGGCCUUGCGGCCCAUUUCCUUGCCAGGCCGUUGCUCCGGGACUUGCCGGGUACUCUCUCGCCUCUUCACCAGGCUGGAUGGCGAGGGUUUCCGGCCUGGCCUGGCGGGGUCCCUGAUGAGGUCCUAAUUGCUACCGAUGGCAGUGGAAUGCACAUGGGUGGUUGGGGAUUCGCCGUUUGGGUGUUGUGGCGCGGCGCCUGGUUUCGCCUAGGCUGGGAUGCCGGCGACCUCCUCUCCACACCUUGGCUACCGAAUUACCCGUGUGAACAGACCGACUUGCGCUCCUACUUUGGCGAGCUCAGCGCCCUGUUGUCUGCGGCCGCUUGGUUUACUGCGUGGUGGGACAAUCUGUUCCUUUUCACGGGCACGGCACCGCCUAAGGUCACUGUCGCAGUUGACAAUAGCGCUGCCCUUCAGGUCGCAGGUGGGCAUGCGGAUGCCUCGAUGCCUCAUGCCUUGCUGUGCCGAGCGCUCUGGCAGGCAGUUCAGUCUCGGUGCACUACUCACUUCCGACACGUGCCCGGUCACGUGGGCUACCUCGUGAAUGAGGUCGCUGAUGUCUUGGCAGGUUACGGCAGUGCCUAUCCACGGUGUGCUUCAACAGGCUGGUGCCGCCUCCCACCGGAGUUUGGUAGGACUCUCCUAUCCUGCGCGCCGCUGCUGUGGCUUCUGCCACGAGCCCAGCUUGUCAAUGAUCGGCUCUGUUGGUGCUCCCCGGGGUGGCAGGACGCCCCGCGGCCAUGUCACCAAGGCCCUCACGAUGCCCGCCCUGCCGGUGGGUUGGCGGAGCCGCCAGCGCAGCCGCGCUGCACAUGUACCAGGAUUGUGCAGGCUAACAUCCAGACCAUUAAGGAUGUGGACGUGUCCUUCUUUAAUCGGGAGGGGCACGGGCAAAGGCGCAUUUAUCUCGCUAAACAGCUGAGUUCGCUGGGGGUCCAUGUUGCCUUUCUUCAGGAGUGCCGAAGCCGUCCCGGCCGCUGGGCGUCCCAUGGAUUUUUGAGCUUCCGAUCUGGUGCUGAAAAAGGUCUAUUUGGUGUUGAGAUUUGGGUCCGCCCGGACUUACUCCAGCCUGCAUUGAGCCUUGACGACUUUCGCAUCCGCUUUUCAUGCCCUCGGAUGCUCCUGGUCCAGUGUCAGCGAGCCGAGUUCCCGGUGACCCUGGUUGCGGCGCAUGCCCCGCAUGCCGAGCGUCCUGACGCUGAAAUCCGUCGUUUCUGGCAAGACCUUCGCUCCCAGCUUCUUCCGGCUUGUAACCGAGGCGUUGUUCUCCUGGGUAUCGACGCCAAUGCGGACUUUGUCGGCAGAGAUGAGGAGGAGACCCUUGUGGGCGAGCUCCUCUCCCUUCGUCCGGCUAAACUCGGGGAUGAUCUUCUCUUGGCCUGUGUCCAUGAUGCGGCCCUGGCAGCACCCGGUACGUGGUCUGACAUCAAUUCAGGCCAGGUCUGGACAUGGCAACACACAGGAGGAAAAACCCAGCGUCUUGAUCAUCUCCUUGUCACGUGUGGUACGAAAGUGAGUAAUUACCGUCAGUUCCCGGACUUUGAUAUCCUCAACGGUGAGACCCGAGACCACAUGCCUAUUGUUGCGGAGGUUGACAUUCGGGGUCGGACUGCCAGUAAGGUUCACCCGCGCUGCCCCUACCCAGCCGCAUGCGGGGAUCUGGUUGCGCAAGACUUAUGGUCGCAUAUGACCGAAUGUCAGGGCCCUGGUGCCCUUAGAGUGCAGCGACUUUGUGAAGCGCACUCGCAAGCAGUGCAGCGGUUACCCGCUCGUCCUCCCUUGCACCGCCGCCAACCUUACAUUUCCGACGUUGCUGAAGGUCUCCUGUCUACCCUUCGCGACACCCGUGCUGAGCUGCGGCGGCUCACUGCUCUUCAACAACGGCAACUGUGUCUUCUUACCUUCCGCGCCUGGGGCCAACGCCGAAUGCUCUCGCCUGCCCUGCCUUGGGAGCGUCACCAGGUGCGUAUGCUACACGCCCACUUUGCGCAAGUCUGCUUUCGCCUCCGGGCUCAAGCACAUUCACAGGCAAGGCAGGAUAAGCGGAUGUAUUUUGAGUCCUUGCUUUCCGGGGCGGUUGAUCAUUGGCAUGCCACGGGGCGCCCUUUGGAGGCUGUCGCCAAGCUCUCGUGGGCAUCGAAGGGGGCUAAGCAGAAGAGGGACGUCCGUGCUGCCAGUGGCUUCGACAUCGAUGAACAACUCCAACUGCAGUUUCAACAGCAAGAGGCAGGCCGACCCGUGUCCGAGAGCCAGCUUCGUGCGGCCUUCUCUAGCUGGGCGGCUGCCCCCAGAGAAACGUGUCUUCUUGCGAUCCCUACGCUUCUCGAAGUCGAGCAUAUGUGCCGCCUGCAGAAGCGUGGGAAGGCGCCAGGGCCUGACCACAUUCGGAAUGAGGUCUGGAAGGCAUGCCCUGAUAAGGCUGGACGUUGGCUCUGGCCCCUAUGGCUCCACCUUGCUUGGGGAGAGGCGGAGCCCCUGCACUUCAAAGCGUCGAUUGUCGGCGCCUUGCACAAGAAGGGACCAGCCUACCUGCCUGCCAACUUUCGCUCCAUCGCCAUGCUUAAUGGGGUUGCCAAGUUGUGGCAUUCUCAGCUUCGUACCACGUUGGGCCAGACUAUUAUAGCCCACUACUUUCCUACUCAAUUAGGAGGCCGGCGUGGCGUUGAUACUGGGCUAGCCCUCACUGCGUUUCGGUCGGCUGUCGACUUGGCUACCUUUCGUGGGCGAUCGUGGGCUGCCCUGUUUGUUGACAUUCAAGCCGCUUACUACGAGGCGGAUCGUGAUCUGCUGUUUAAGGGGAGAGAUCUUGAUCAUGCGCUCCGAGGUCUGUUACUGCCCAGCCAUGUCUCCGGCCUGAUUAGGGAUGGGGUCUUAGCUGGGUUGGGCAUCCCUAGCGACCAGGUUGCUCUGCUUCGGGACUGUGUUGAGUGCUCCUACUGGAGGUUGGUUGGACAGUCCCAGGCUAUCAUGGCUGGCCGAGGCUCACGACCGGGGGACGGCUUGGCCGAUGUGCUUUUCGGGGCGCUGUUUGCCGUUAUCCUCCAGUGCCUGCACCAUGCAUUGCAAGCUGAGGAUAUUGUCCACGCAUCCUCUGCUGACGCCCUAGGCAGCCCGGAUGCUUCGAUACAAAUUGCAUGGGCCGAUGAUCUCUGCCUGUUGAUCGAUUUCCUGAAGGCAACUUGGGCCCCUGCCAAGCUGCGUCGUCUAUGUGUGAUUGUCUUGCAGGUUUUCGAGGCCUUCCGCUUCCGUGUCAAUCUAGGUGCGGGCAAGUCUGAGGCGCUCGUUCACCUACAGGGAGCGGGUGCGAAUGCUGCACGCCAGGAACUUCUCGCACCCGAGCCCCUGCUCACCCUGCCGGAUGGGCGUUGCAUCCGGAUUGUGCCCGAAUACAAGUACCUCGGGGUUAUCCAACGUUGUCGUGAUACCGGGAGGCGCGACAUCGAAGCAGCCGCUGCCCGAGGUAAUGCCAUUUGGACUCAGGCUGCUGGGCUGAUCCAUUCCACUACACUGCCGUGGACUUUAAAGGCCGUCUGGCUGCAAGGCCGCACCCUUCCGGCUGCCUACUCUUCCUUGGCCACCACUCUUGCUCGCUCCGAGCGCGCAUGGGGACCGUUGCAGGGCUUUCUUGACAAAUGCCUUCGACAGCUCGUGGGGGCGUGGGAUGCCGGCCACCAUGUGGCCUCGGUCCAACUCCGGGCUUGCACUGGUAUCUUGGACUUUGAAUGCGCCUCCGUGAUCGCCCGAGUCCGCCUCCUCUGUCGUAUUGUUUCGGGCAGGUCGCAAGAGGUCCUUGACCUGUUUCAGGCCGGUUGGGACCGCGGAUGUGAGUGGUCCUCCCUCAUCGCGGAGGCCGUCCGCCGUGUUUGGCCGGCGUGCCGCUUGCCUGCGCUGGCGGUUGGUGAGCCCACUCUCAUGGCUGUCCGCCGACACUCCAAGGAACUUCUGGCUGCUUGUCGUCGCAUUAGUCAGUCUGGCACCAUGCUUUUGGCUCUUCAUAGAGCUUGGCGCAGCAAGGAUACUGCACCUCCGCGGAAGGUCAUUGGUCUUGCCUCGCCACACGUCUGCGCGGAGUGUGGCCUCACCCUCCCAUCGGCUCAUGCCCUCGCAGCCCAUGCCCACAGGAUGCAUGGCCGGGUGGCCUUGUGCACUCAGUACACCUUGGGUACUGUCUGCCUCUGGUGCCUCAAUGAAUUUCAUAACGCGGCUCGGCUCCGUUAUCACCUUUUGCACUCACCUGACUGUGAGCACGGGCUUCGAUGCCGCGUCGGCCCUGUCUACGAAUAUGGGAAGGGCGUGUUUGCACUGCCGGAGAACUCGCGGCUGAGCUCCAAGCACUGGCACCGGGCGGUUCCACCAGCCCACCUUGUGCCGCAGCAGGCUGAGGUCUCUGACCGUCUUGCUGAAGAUGAAGCUCCCUUGGCACCGUGCGUGGCAACUCAGCAGUACCAUUUCGGCCACCGCAUGGUGGGUGGCGGCAUCCGCUGGUCCACCUGCACCUAUGCUGGGUUGUGCCAUUGUCAGCGAGUGUCUGGCCUUUGCCCCGUGCUUGCCCGUCUGUCACCAUUUGAUUCGGCUCUGGCGACGAGGGCGCCACUCCGGGAUGCCCCGUGCUGGCCGCAGGAUCGCUCUGGUGAGGCAUUGCGUGAAGCCAGGUACACAUUCUACGGGCCGGCCGAGAUGUGCGAAGUGUACCCAGUCGGUCGGACUGGAAACCUGCUGCUGCCUCGCACGGAUAGGAGCAGGCGGCACCUCGCCGUGUUUGUUGGCACACCACCUGGCGCCCCGGUCCUUGAGCCUUGCCCUAUACCUCUUCUGGUUGACGAGUGGUUGCACGGGCCACUCCUGCACGACCGUGUAGCGGCAACUCUCGGCUUCCCGGCUGGGACUUUCACGGCAUCCUCUGUUCGCGGCAUUUUACCAGGACUUCCUGGGGAGCAGCUUCUCUUCACCGCUGUUGGGUGUACCUGGCGCCAAGUUUGGCUUCCUGUUGACAUGCGCCAACUUGGAGGGAGAAUAUGUAUGCUCCUUUGCCCACGUGAUUCCACAUGUCGUGCCAUUGCUCAGCUUGCUCUCACCGCUCAGGCUCUUCAGGCAGACGUUGAUUUGUUGUUAGCCCGCUGCCCAUGGGGCUGGCUGACACUCCUGUCCCAGCCACUGUUCUUGCAAAAUGUGGAUACCUUGCAAUUUCAGGUGGGGCCGACAACUGAUGCCUUGCAAGGACUCAUCGGAGCGUCACUGGAUCCCCCUCUCUCCCUGUUUUCGCGUAUGCAGGUUAGCCUUCCUACGGCGCCGCUCACUCAGGAAGCCUUCCCUGGGCACUCGCACAACCAAGCCAUUCUUCUCACUCCUAAUGGCCUGGUGUAUGUUGAGGCACCGGUGUUUGCUGACGCGGCCACUUUUCGGCGCAUAGUGUCGACGAAAGCCUCGCCGAGUGCCACCGGCGGUAUCAUGCGUAUUUGGCACCCAUUGCCUUCGUUGCCCCUUGUGCAGUUUCUCGAAAUUCAUUGUCGUGGUGACGAGGUGCCUUGUAUUCUUGAUUUUAGGCCCGUAGGCUGGCGCCUGACCACGGUGUGUGUGUCCCCGCCCGUCACUCCGCUUGCUGCCGUUGCUGCCGCGUCUUGCCGUGACAGGAAUAGCCUCCCUGUCGAAUGGGUCAACCAGUGUGCCAGAGGGGGUUUUGGGCUUCUCUACCGAGAACUUGCGGUUCUUCCUGAGCAAGUUCUCUCUGGUAACUUCCCGCUGGUUAUAAUGUUUUUCCCUCAUGUCUUCCGGCAGGAUUCUUCGCCCUCCUCUGAGGAGCAAGUCGGAGGAUGGGACGACGCGGGUACCUCUGACACCAUUUUUGCACUUCAACAUACCUUGUUGCCCUCGCACGCCAGCGCGUCAGCUGCGGCCGCCUUGCCGGCAUGCACAGGGGUCUCCCCGUCUGAGUUUCUUGACAGCACCUGUCUUGCAACACCUGACCCUGCUGCAGAGCCGGAUUCCGAGACCUCUUUUGCAGUGGGCUCGGUGUCCCCCCCCUGCCUUGGCUUCCUUGGCAUUGGGGUCUUGCAUGGAUUUCUGUCGGACAGGUUUGGAGGGUUGAUUUGGGGUGCAACAGCUCUUCUUCUCAACCUUGGCCUCUCGGAGGCAGUUCAGCUUCACAGUGAGCCCCCAUCGCCGCGUGAUGUCGUUGUCUCAGCCUCCAGAGCCCCGGAUCGCCAGGUUGCCGCGCCAGCCGGAGUACACACUCACCUUCAAGCAUUGUGGCUCCAAAGUGGAGACUUCGGGGAUGGCCAACUUUGGGCGGUGCUGCCAUCGUCUAGCGCGAGAUUGUUGAUCUCCUGUCGCUUAUGGCAACCUGGAUCUUCGGUCCGUCUUGAGUUUUCCAGCUCUGAUAGUGCACGGGAGGCCUCGGCCGAGGUGUACCGACAAGCCAUUCGACUCGGCCGCCCCCAAGUUGUUGCUGCGCCUGUCGGACCUACCCUCGACGCGAUCAACUUAAUCACCCUCCCCAGAUGCUCAUCUGCCAUCACCGUGCUUCUUGAUAUUGGCCAGGAGGUUGUAUGCGCUGAGCUGCCGGCAGCAUAUGCUGCAUCACAUGUUCUUGAAGCCGCCCAGACUGCCGCUGGAUCUACCGAUAUCCAAAUUUUGAAAGGCCACGCACAUAAGCUGAGACACGGUGAUGUUGUCAGGGUUGUUGUUAAUUCUGCGGCCUGUGCCAUUGAUGUCUCCUCUUUUAUGCUGCCAUGUCGAGGUGCGCCAGCCUCUAGUUGGCUGCACGAAAUGCGUGUUAUUUCCAUCCUCCACCCGCAUGAAGGGGUGUUGUCCUUCGAAGUACCGCGCUCGAAUGUUGUCGACGCUGCCCUGUUGCAGGCUCUUCUGCGCGGCGUUACUACGGGGUUUAAACACAGUUUUGUGGAAGUCCCUGGGCUGGAUGCACUCCCACAUGCCACUUUCGCAGCGGCUCAGACCGGUCAGGACUGUAUUGUCUAUCGGCUCACUGAUGUCUCCGAUGCUGCAUCAGUUGGCCUUUUCUUGGUCUUUUCUGGAGUCUUUGACUCAUUUCCGACCUUCCUUGCCAGCCUUCUGCAUAGUCCCCGGCCAGCGGCGACUUUGCUCCGCAAGCUUCAGCCUUUUGGACUGUCUGUGUUAUCUUGGGAAUGCACUCCCAUGCCAGGCCGGGCUGACUGCCGGUUUUGGUUUGUUCACACGCAGGCUGAUUUUGCACGCGCAGGCCGACAUCUGGUGCGCUUUCUUGGUGAGCCCCGUGUCAUCCGUCAGUCUACACAUCUUCCCCCUCCUCGAGGCCGCACCCUUGCUCAUGCUGAGGUCCAGACAAGCGCUCCAUUCAUUGCGGCGAGCACACCUGCUGCGGUUCUGCAAGCUCCGCCCUCCAAUUGUGGGGUAGGCAUUGUUCCCGACUCUGCUUCCGACUUCGCCAGUGUGUGGUGCGAAGCUUGGCGGGUUAAGUGCACUGUGUCUUGCAUCCCGGGAUUUUCAGUGUGGGCUUUACGUGAAGGGGGCCGACUUGUCGGGAUGUGCACACCAACUCCGGAUUGGGAUGAUGUGGCACGGGCUCUGUCCCUCUCCCUGUGGGAGUUGCCCCACACAUUCUUGUCGGAUCGUGCCCAAGUUUGGCCGUACCCCAGAGAUCUGUCCGGGGUUGCUGGUAAAUGUGUUAGUGUAGGGUACGACUCGCCUGAGGGUGUCUCGCAGUUGCUCCGGCAAUGUCACCCCCACUUUCCAAGCCCGCCACCUGCUCCGGCGUCACUGUCCUCCACAGCCAUGAGUUGGUUAUGCUUCAGCAAAUGGCGCCUUCCCUGGCUCUUGGGCGUUCUGGCUGUUCAGGUGAGUGCCGUCCAGCUUCCGUUGGCCCCGUCCGACCUUGCUCCCCAGACCCGGUCUGGCGACCCCCUUCUCACGCGCCGGGACUUCACGCGGACAUGCACUCUGUCCUGGACCCACGAGCUAGGCCGACAGACGCAUGGAUUCGCUGUCGCCGCCCCCCAGCUGGGUGCCUAUAUAACCUGCACAGCACCCUUGCCAGAGGUUCAGAUCCAUUUAUGGCUUCCAGGCCAAGGGCCAGUUCAUAUGAGGGUCAGUGGGAGGCAUCUUGAUCGGCACCUCAGCGCGUACUUGGGUGCUUUCUUGCCUGAUUGCGAGUAUAGCCUGCAUGUGGCUUUCGACUCCAACCCACAAGUCCUGGACCUUCUGGUUGCGCCCCCAUCCCCUCUUGUCUGGUGGAUCCUUCGAGAUUCGAUUGGAUGUGAACUGCUACGGCCGGUUCUGCAGCACUACACCUCGCACUGCACCUUUUUCUUCUGCACGGUUGAGCCCGAUGGUGUAGUCUAUAAUGUUGAACCCUCCGCCGAAGUUAGGUACAUGCUUCCAAGCCCCCAAGGCGCCCGAGCCCUCAUUACCCGCGUCCUGCCUGGGCUUGUGGGUAAGGUUGUUGACGGUGUCCUACAGGUCGUUGCGGCCAGGGCUUGUUCGUCGCAGCUUUUUGGAGGCCUCUCCCUGUUUCUCCUCAGCCGCCUGGUUCUCUCCAUGCAGCCGCCAGCAAUGCAGCAGCCCGGGCAACUCGUUGUGGCCAAUCCGCCGGCCCCCUCUACCAUUCGAAUUUGGACACUCAAUGUCAAUCAACCAGUUGAUCUUCCAUGGCGUUCUCAGGGUUACCCUACGCGUUGGCUGAGGGACCUGAUGUGUCGGCUUCAUCACAUUGAUGACCCCGGGGAAUUUCGCUCGACGCACUCGUUCCCUGACAGUACUGUGCAGCAUGUUCUUUUUGUCCCUGUGGUCCCCGCCACGCAACCCACUGCCCGAUUUUGGCUUAUUCAUUGGGGGGCCGCUGCUGUGGUCACUUUUGGCCAUUCGCCUUUCAACUGGGACGUUGUGUCUGCGCACCUCCGUGCCCUCUUUCAGGGUGGGCAACUACCGGAACGUUGCCCUGCGUUGUCCUAUGCUGGACAAUUCUUUCCGCCAGGAACCGCUUUGCCUGACUUUCCCUCUGGGGCGAUUAUUCAGGUUCUUAUUGGUGCCCUUGCUAGGCUACCUAGUGACGAUGACCCCUGGAAUCCAGAGCCCUUUGUUAUCGAGGGACCCUACUUCCGCCAUGUGCCGAGCCGUGGAGAACCUGCCAUCUUAAUUGACGGACACGGCCAGCGCCUUGCUGAUGGUGCUACCCUUGCCCCACUUGUAGAUCAGGGUGUUCAGACUGAUCUCUCUGGCAACGGUACCGGCCUCGAUCAUGCUACAGUGUCUCGGGUCCACCAUCUUGCCCGGGAACUUUCCUUUCAUACGUCGAGGCUCUGGGCGGGUCUGGCGGAGCCAGACGCUGAACCUACAGGUGAUGGGCAGACAGUUUUGCGUUUGUCCUCUCAAGGUGCUUGUGCGUCAGCGUCCUCUCCGACUGUCGACCUACUUGAUAUCAGCGGCCCCUCCAGUGCUAGGACUUGUGCGCCGCUGCACACGGUCGUGGGACUGGCUCUAUGGCUUUGGCCCCCAAAGGGCUCCUUUGCAGUCGGAGGCCUUCUUGCAUUUGCCUCCGUUGGUUCUUGCUCCAUUAUGACCCCUCCUGCACUCUGCUCCGAGGACGAGCUCGAGGAAGAAGAGGAGCCUCUUCCCGUCCAAGCUUCCGAUAUGUCCUCUAACGCCUCAGCCCCAGUUCCUGUCAGGAGGCCGGCGGGCCCGCCGCCACCUGAACCUGUUAAUGCCCCGUUCCAGCCAGGCAUGAUGUACCUUCGGGCCGCACGUCCCCUUGAGGACUAUGCGCUCGGGCAUUGGCCGUCCACGCAGGAGAGGGAGCCUGCUGCCUCUGAAGAUGUGAUACGGCAAGUUCAGUCUGACCUCCUUGGCAUUCAGCGGGGGAUUCGCACAUUUGCUCCUGCCAUACCGCUAGGUACCCCCUUCUGUAUUCAUAAUCCCUUUACUGCCCGACAACAGUGCGAGAUUGUAGAGUACUCAGCAGGACCUGAGAUCAACCCUUUUGUUCUGUUCGCGGGCCACGCCAGAAGCCGUGGCUGGGCUGGCCUCGCACUUCUGCAGCCACAGCCGGACGCCGUCGCCGUCCAUCUCAUUGGCUGCCCGCAGGCUCCCGGCAAUGCGGCUGUGGGUAUCAGCAUUGCAGGUCGUCUUGUCCCGUGUUGCUUACCGUCGGCGGUUGCCGCGGCUGCCCUGCAGGCGCUGCAUCUUGACGGUGAGAUGUAUGACAUUCGCCCACCCGAGGUGCAUGAAGGUACACAGGUCAUUCAAUUUCGCAAUGGUGACUGCCUUUCUGCCAGCCGCUCACUGUCUCGAGCGUUCCCACCGCCUCGCCCCGUCAACCCAGCGGCCGCUGCUGCCACUGCCAGCCAUGUACUGACCACAGGCGAGGGUCCUACGGGUGCGACAUCGGCUGUCGUGUGGGGUGCGCCUAUUUGGGGCCGUUGUCUUCUUGCCCUAGUUGGCCUCCACCGUCCUUUUGUGGCUGCCAUAGUGGCUCUUUUGCACCUGUCUGUGUCUGGCAUGCAUCGGCCAGGAGGGUUUCCGUGGGGUGUUGACCCCGCUAAUAGGGUUUUCGCCGGUAUCACUUCCGAUGACCCGGUCUAUGUUGUCUUGCAUAGCCCGUUCCAAGGGGUGUACCCGCCAUUUACUGUUUCCCACGACACCCAUCACUCCCAAGCCUGGGCGCAGUUCCUUAAUGAUGACCCUGGCUGGGCUGAGGAUUUCUUUCCUGUUUGGCCUGGGCCUGCUUUCAAUGAGCUGUCUAUCGUGCCUAUCGGUUGCGAUCCGGCCCUUGUCACAUUGAUGCUCAGUUGGAAUGGCCACCACCGGGCCGCUCUCACACCUAGGACGAUGACUGUCGAUUGGCUGACUUCCUUCAUUGCCAGACAUAUCAACAGUGCCGUUGGGGGGAUUUCGCUCCCGCACGGCCUCGCUAUCUGCGAGAUGUUUGAUGUCCCUCCGGCAGCUUUCAAGUUCCGCAAUGGAGAUGUUGUGUAUAUCCAUGACCCACCGGAGGACCCUCAAGAGCCGCUUGAGAUGGUGGAGCCGUGGCACCUGCAGGAUGGUCUUGCAGCGCACCACGCCCCAUGGGCUGUCGGUUUCCGGCUUAUGCACUCCAUCCCUGUCCACCUGCUUCGGCCGGAAAGACCUCCGCUCCUUACUUCGAUUCCUGCCGGCGAAGCUUGGUGCCCUGAGGCUUUCUCCUUUUCAGGAGAGUUCCGGAACCAGUUUCCCGGCAUGUGGACCCCUGUCCAGUGGACCAGUGCCCGGGCUUUACAACUGAUUGAGGUUCACGGAGUUGCGGCAAAAGUAAAUGUUGUUGCGGCCACGCCUGAAGGGACCAUCCAAGUCGGGGGCAUACCUACAUAUGCCUUGGAGCACGCCUGUGCGAUGUUGUCUUCGGUGAGUUCGAGAGGGGUGCUAGCCCCUGCCUAUGCUCUUGGCCCUUACACUUAUACGCAUGCGGUCUCGGCUGCCGUUCCGCCCCGGCUUACUUUUACUUUGGCCAAUCCUUUUGCAAGCUGGCAUCGUGUCGUGGUGGACCCACAGCACGCCUUUGACGAAGUCAUUGCCGAGGCCCAUCAUACCUUAACCUCCUGGCAUCGGGGCUUCACGGAGACGGGGCUUGUUCUCGAUGGCUCCCGCGUUCUGGUGCCGCGCCCAGGUGGCAGGUUGGUAUCCAUUGUCCUUGCGGGGCUGGGGCAGCUCAUUUGUGUUAUCCUACCAGCUUUCCUCACGCCACGCGAUCUGAUGCAAGCUCUGCAGCUGCGUCUGGGACGUCGCGUCAGUGUCCACUUGCAGCCAGGGCUGGCAGAGGCGGCCUGCACAGCACGGCCCGUGUUGGCGUUACGCUCCGGCGACGUGGUUGCAGUGCGCCUGCAGCAAGUCGACCCCCUGGCUCAUACUCGUGAACCCCCAGUGUUUCUCACAUGGGGUGCAGCACAUGCUGCAGCGGCUUGGCAUUCUGACUUUAUUGUGGCACAUGCCUCCUGUGUUCUGCUCUGGUCACCUGCUCGCCCCACACGCAUUGUCAUGGUUGGUCACCAAGCGCGUUGGAAUGCCGCGGAAGCCACGGUGCACCCGCAUGUGUCUGAGUUUGGUGACUCAAGGUGGGCCCCGUGUCAUGGGCACAUCGGCACCCCUCCCUGGUUAGUCGAGCAGUCUUCUGCCGCCGACUGCGUCAAUAUCAUCCAAUCCCGGAGCACCACUCAUUGUGUUGAGGUCAACCGUGGCGCUGCUCAUGAUCUGUACAUUCAUGGCUUUUCCCUGAGACCUGCGUCCAGCACCGUCCUGGAGGAGUCGAGCCUUCGUAAUGGCGACUGGUGGGUGUUAUCCUUAGCUCUUGGCUGGACCGGCCGACUUUCUCCCACUGUACGCGCAGCUCUGUUCUUCUUUACCCUCAUCGGGAAUGGCCAGGCGGCAUCCUCCGGCUCCUCUGGUAGCUGCCCUAGUGUGGAUUCCUCGGAAGCUCGCACCAUCCGCAUGCACCAGACGAUCCUCUGCCCCGUGCGUGGAUGGAGUGAGUAUCAUCCGGUCAAUCUGGUAACUCUUGCACCAGUGGCCCCUUUCGGUAUGGCCACUGUGGUCUUGCAUACCUUGAGUGGUUCGGCGGUCGCCCUGGCAUCAGUGGACUCAUCUCUUGAGGAUGUUCAGCGUCUUGCUGCGCGGUUACUGCCUGACACUCGGUUUUGGGAGGCCAUACCUCCUCCCACUCUGCGAGCACUUCACUCCUUCUCUCAUCUCCACCUUCGCAACGGGGAUGCAUUUGGAUUUCUGCCCACGGCGUCGGAUCCCGGCUCAGCCCGUUUCCCUGCCCUGCAUUAUCCGUCCCUCGACCGUGCUCGGCAGGUCGCAAGUUGGUCACUCCCUUUCCGUUUUGAGACUGGCGGUCUGGCCACGUUCUGGUCUACUUCUAGCCGGGUGGGCCGCCCGAUCUAUAUUCGGGAUUCGGCGUACUGGGAUCCACUCAUCCCCACUUUCAGAAGCCUCGGAGGCGACAUCAUGCCUGGUUCGUGGGUGCCGGUUCUUACUGGCGAUCUGUCUGAUCUCCACCUUAUGGCACGCACUUCGGUGUCCGAAGCUCAUGUGAUUUUCUUGCUCCCACCUGAGAUGGCCCCCGUCGGCGUCCUGCUGGCAGGUUGCAACACCCAGCGACCCCCGGUCGGUUGGCGACUUUUACCCGCGCUUCGUUAUGUACGGGCCGGGAGUGAACUGCGGGAUGGCGACGUCUUGGUUGUCGAUAAGACUGCCUCUGAAGUCUGGGACCCCUUCAGCCUCCGGCCGCCCAGUUUAGAUGAGUCCGGACUCUAUCCCUGGCGGGCUAAGCCAGGUGAGGCCGACCUGAUCGAUCUUACACCCAGGCCCGAGCUUGAUGUCGUCCUCUUGAGCCCAUUCCGCGGGCCCAUGGAGGCGGGCCGUCUCUAUACGUCUGCUACCCUUGAAGACCUGCAUUCUCUGGCGGCCUCUUGCGACCCUGGGUGGAAUGCUGAAGUUGCGCCGGUGUGGCCCACGGCUGCAUUGCAGGCCCUUCUUGUUGUCCCCCGCCCUGCAACUGCUGACCUCGUCUGCCUUGCGGGCACGUCCCUCGACCGACAUUUCUCUAUCUUGGUUCCCUGCGCAUCCACCUUACUUUGGCUUGGUGAGGCGCUGCGAUUUCUUCAGCCUCUCCAGGCCCUUGCAGUGCGUGCCCCUAGUGCGACUACAGCGCUGCUGUCGCCCGAUGCGCCUAUCCGCUGGCGCUCCGGCGAUCUCAUCGUGGCCCUCCCAGCCGAGGCUUUCGAGCCCACCUAUCAACCACCCAUCUUCCACACCGAUGCGCAAGUUCGUCAUUGUGCCGUUUGGGCUGUGGAUUUUGUGGUUUCCGUACGAAUUAAUCUUGUUCUCUGGCGGCCGGGCCAACGUGCGGUGCGGGGACAUGCGCAGGCUGGCUCGCAGUGGCGAGCGCUGGACUUCACCUUUGCGGGCGACUUUGGCCGCCACUACCCAGGGCGUUGGGUCCCCGUGCCUUGCAUUGCCCAGGAUCACGCCCAUCUCGUGGUCGUUUCGGAGAACCCGGAUUAUGUGAAUGUUGUCGUCGAGGCUGACGGCAAGUGCUGGUGUGCCCCUGUCAAAGCCACCACUGAUGCAUGGCAGCUUUGGACAGAUCUCCCCUCGGUUACGACGCAGCCGCGCGUCCUUGGGGUGCCCCAGCAUGAGCUCCGACACGGCACAGUUCUCCGAAACGGCGAUGUCGUUUCCGGUGCGGCGUCUCACUCUCAUCUUGGGGGCACCGGGUGGCUGGUUGGCCUCCUGCCUAUUGUUUUGGGGUGUGGCGGAGGCAGGGACCUCUCUGGCCUGAUUGCAGCUGGCCUCACUCUUGCCCCGCUUUUGGGGAACGCAGGCACCAGUCUAUUUCGGUGGUUACCUGGGUUGUUGGCGUUUGGGUUCACCGGUGUCGAAGCGACCCGUCUCCAGACGUUAACAGACUCGGAUCGCACGUGUCAUCGACUUUGGGAGCCGUCUGGUUGUGUCCUUGGCCCCUUCUUCGGACCGGCUGCUGGGCCACCUUCCGGUCUCCGGACCUCCGCUGCUGCAUGGUCCGAUUUUACUUUGGUUACGCCCCCUCAAGACCCUCGAUUUGUGGACUGGGUACCUGUUCCCUCGGAUCCGCUCUUUGUUGUUGUGCUACUUCAAUGCCCGCCAGCCACUAGGGCCGCAAUUCUUCCUGCCACCUGCACUGCUGGUGACCUCACUCGCGCAUGCCGACGUUCGGUACCGGAUUUGGCUUGCGUUCUUGCGCCACCCGAACUUUGGUGCGGCACUGCCUUUUCCGUUAACCCCACCUUGUUUCUCCGGUCUGGGGAUGUCUUGACUCUAGCCUGCGCUAAUUGGGCUCCCCGACUCCGCUCCCCGUGUGGGCGGUAUUGGGAUACUCUUCCUCAGGCCAGGCGAUACGCUUUUUGGGGCAGUCCUUUCCAGAUCCGCAAUCCCGGCCUUCUGUUUGCAUGGUCUGCGGGCGAGCCAGUUCCGCUCACGGUACAUACUGAACGGGAUGAAGUGUGGGACCCUGUGCAUUGCACCUUCCGACCCUCUCUCGUCCGGUUUAGUGUCGACAGAUGGAUACCUGCUGCUAGAUAUGAUGUGUUGGGUCUUCACUUGGUGCCGGAAAGCCCCAACCUUCAACGGGCACAUGUUUUGCCUGUCCAGCCCCCCAUGCGCUUGCUGGACGUCCCGCGAUACUCUGACCACGGGCUUGUUCGUGACGGUGAUAGCAGCUCUCGUUGUAGCAGCGCUCCUGCCACCUGCCUGUGGCUUAGCCUUGUCUUGGUGCUUGCCCUCGACCCUAUUACGCCUGGUUGGUCGUGUGGUCUCGCAGCUCUCCUGUACGGGGCCUUUCAUGUUCCUCGCUAUCUUUCCUUCGCCACUGUCCUUCGGAUGUCUGACUGGGAACUUCAGACUGCGUGGCCAGGUGUCCGUUCUGCCCUACCCCUUGCCUCGCCCGUUACCAGCCGCCAAAGCGCUUGGUACUUGGCCUGGCCUGGUGCUGGCAUUAGGGCUGUCAUGCCUGCGGAACACUUGGAUGGACAGGUCGGAUCCUUGUUGUGUUGGCACGCGUGGUCGCCACCCGCGUGGUCUGCUUGCCUUCUUGGCUGUUACGGCCGGGCCUGGGGUGCCCCUGCCUGUCGUCACUACCGAGAGGCAGUUGAACAGUCGCCCCCCGGGGGCCGUUCUCUCGACCUCCAGGCAGCCGGUUACCAUUAUGCCGGCCUUGCGGCCCAUUUCCUUGCCAGGCCGUUGCUCCGGGACUUGCCGGGUACUCUCUCGCCUCUUCACCAGGCUGGAUGGCGAGGGUUUCCGGCCUGGCCUGGCGGGGUCCCUGAUGAGGUCCUAAUUGCUACCGAUGGCAGUGGAAUGCACAUGGGUGGUUGGGGAUUCGCCGUUUGGGUGUUGUGGCGCGGCGCCUGGUUUCGCCUAGGCUGGGAUGCCGGCGACCUCCUCUCCACACCUUGGCUACCGAAUUACCCGUGUGAACAGACCGACUUGCGCUCCUACUUUGGCGAGCUCAGCGCCCUGUUGUCUGCGGCCGCUUGGUUUACUGCGUGGUGGGACAAUCUGUUCCUUUUCACGGGCACGGCACCGCCUAAGGUCACUGUCGCAGUUGACAAUAGCGCUGCCCUUCAGGUCGCAGGUGGGCAUGCGGAUGCCUCGAUGCCUCAUGCCUUGCUGUGCCGAGCGCUCUGGCAGGCAGUUCAGUCUCGGUGCACUACUCACUUCCGACACGUGCCCGGUCACGUGGGCUACCUCGUGAAUGAGGUCGCUGAUGUCUUGGCAGGUUACGGCAGUGCCUAUCCACGGUGUGCUUCAACAGGCUGGUGCCGCCUCCCACCGGAGUUUGGUAGGACUCUCCUAUCCUGCGCGCCGCUGCUGUGGCUUCUGCCACGAGCCCAGCUUGUCAAUGAUCGGCUCUGUUGGUGCUCCCCGGGGUGGCAGGACGCCCCGCGGCCAUGUCACCAAGGCCCUCACGAUGCCCGCCCUGCCGGUGGGUUGGCGGAGCCGCCAGCGCAGCCGCGCUGCACAUGUACCAGGAUUGUGCAGGCUAACAUCCAGACCAUUAAGGAUGUGGACGUGUCCUUCUUUAAUCGGGAGGGGCACGGGCAAAGGCGCAUUUAUCUCGCUAAACAGCUGAGUUCGCUGGGGGUCCAUGUUGCCUUUCUUCAGGAGUGCCGAAGCCGUCCCGGCCGCUGGGCGUCCCAUGGAUUUUUGAGCUUCCGAUCUGGUGCUGAAAAAGGUCUAUUUGGUGUUGAGAUUUGGGUCCGCCCGGACUUACUCCAGCCUGCAUUGAGCCUUGACGACUUUCGCAUCCGCUUUUCAUGCCCUCGGAUGCUCCUGGUCCAGUGUCAGCGAGCCGAGUUCCCGGUGACCCUGGUUGCGGCGCAUGCCCCGCAUGCCGAGCGUCCUGACGCUGAAAUCCGUCGUUUCUGGCAAGACCUUCGCUCCCAGCUUCUUCCGGCUUGUAACCGAGGCGUUGUUCUCCUGGGUAUCGACGCCAAUGCGGACUUUGUCGGCAGAGAUGAGGAGGAGACCCUUGUGGGCGAGCUCCUCUCCCUUCGUCCGGCUAAACUCGGGGAUGAUCUUCUCUUGGCCUGUGUCCAUGAUGCGGCCCUGGCAGCACCCGGUACGUGGUCUGACAUCAAUUCAGGCCAGGUCUGGACAUGGCAACACACAGGAGGAAAAACCCAGCGUCUUGAUCAUCUCCUUGUCACGUGUGGUACGAAAGUGAGUAAUUACCGUCAGUUCCCGGACUUUGAUAUCCUCAACGGUGAGACCCGAGACCACAUGCCUAUUGUUGCGGAGGUUGACAUUCGGGGUCGGACUGCCAGUAAGGUUCACCCGCGCUGCCCCUACCCAGCCGCAUGCGGGGAUCUGGUUGCGCAAGACUUAUGGUCGCAUAUGACCGAAUGUCAGGGCCCUGGUGCCCUUAGAGUGCAGCGACUUUGUGAAGCGCACUCGCAAGCAGUGCAGCGGUUACCCGCUCGUCCUCCCUUGCACCGCCGCCAACCUUACAUUUCCGACGUUGCUGAAGGUCUCCUGUCUACCCUUCGCGACACCCGUGCUGAGCUGCGGCGGCUCACUGCUCUUCAACAACGGCAACUGUGUCUUCUUACCUUCCGCGCCUGGGGCCAACGCCGAAUGCUCUCGCCUGCCCUGCCUUGGGAGCGUCACCAGGUGCGUAUGCUACACGCCCACUUUGCGCAAGUCUGCUUUCGCCUCCGGGCUCAAGCACAUUCACAGGCAAGGCAGGAUAAGCGGAUGUAUUUUGAGUCCUUGCUUUCCGGGGCGGUUGAUCAUUGGCAUGCCACGGGGCGCCCUUUGGAGGCUGUCGCCAAGCUCUCGUGGGCAUCGAAGGGGGCUAAGCAGAAGAGGGACGUCCGUGCUGCCAGUGGCUUCGACAUCGAUGAACAACUCCAACUGCAGUUUCAACAGCAAGAGGCAGGCCGACCCGUGUCCGAGAGCCAGCUUCGUGCGGCCUUCUCUAGCUGGGCGGCUGCCCCCAGAGAAACGUGUCUUCUUGCGAUCCCUACGCUUCUCGAAGUCGAGCAUAUGUGCCGCCUGCAGAAGCGUGGGAAGGCGCCAGGGCCUGACCACAUUCGGAAUGAGGUCUGGAAGGCAUGCCCUGAUAAGGCUGGACGUUGGCUCUGGCCCCUAUGGCUCCACCUUGCUUGGGGAGAGGCGGAGCCCCUGCACUUCAAAGCGUCGAUUGUCGGCGCCUUGCACAAGAAGGGACCAGCCUACCUGCCUGCCAACUUUCGCUCCAUCGCCAUGCUUAAUGGGGUUGCCAAGUUGUGGCAUUCUCAGCUUCGUACCACGUUGGGCCAGACUAUUAUAGCCCACUACUUUCCUACUCAAUUAGGAGGCCGGCGUGGCGUUGAUACUGGGCUAGCCCUCACUGCGUUUCGGUCGGCUGUCGACUUGGCUACCUUUCGUGGGCGAUCGUGGGCUGCCCUGUUUGUUGACAUUCAAGCCGCUUACUACGAGGCGGAUCGUGAUCUGCUGUUUAAGGGGAGAGAUCUUGAUCAUGCGCUCCGAGGUCUGUUACUGCCCAGCCAUGUCUCCGGCCUGAUUAGGGAUGGGGUCUUAGCUGGGUUGGGCAUCCCUAGCGACCAGGUUGCUCUGCUUCGGGACUGUGUUGAGUGCUCCUACUGGAGGUUGGUUGGACAGUCCCAGGCUAUCAUGGCUGGCCGAGGCUCACGACCGGGGGACGGCUUGGCCGAUGUGCUUUUCGGGGCGCUGUUUGCCGUUAUCCUCCAGUGCCUGCACCAUGCAUUGCAAGCUGAGGAUAUUGUCCACGCAUCCUCUGCUGACGCCCUAGGCAGCCCGGAUGCUUCGAUACAAAUUGCAUGGGCCGAUGAUCUCUGCCUGUUGAUCGAUUUCCUGAAGGCAACUUGGGCCCCUGCCAAGCUGCGUCGUCUAUGUGUGAUUGUCUUGCAGGUUUUCGAGGCCUUCCGCUUCCGUGUCAAUCUAGGUGCGGGCAAGUCUGAGGCGCUCGUUCACCUACAGGGAGCGGGUGCGAAUGCUGCACGCCAGGAACUUCUCGCACCCGAGCCCCUGCUCACCCUGCCGGAUGGGCGUUGCAUCCGGAUUGUGCCCGAAUACAAGUACCUCGGGGUUAUCCAACGUUGUCGUGAUACCGGGAGGCGCGACAUCGAAGCAGCCGCUGCCCGAGGUAAUGCCAUUUGGACUCAGGCUGCUGGGCUGAUCCAUUCCACUACACUGCCGUGGACUUUAAAGGCCGUCUGGCUGCAAGGCCGCACCCUUCCGGCUGCCUACUCUUCCUUGGCCACCACUCUUGCUCGCUCCGAGCGCGCAUGGGGACCGUUGCAGGGCUUUCUUGACAAAUGCCUUCGACAGCUCGUGGGGGCGUGGGAUGCCGGCCACCAUGUGGCCUCGGUCCAACUCCGGGCUUGCACUGGUAUCUUGGACUUUGAAUGCGCCUCCGUGAUCGCCCGAGUCCGCCUCCUCUGUCGUAUUGUUUCGGGCAGGUCGCAAGAGGUCCUUGACCUGUUUCAGGCCGGUUGGGACCGCGGAUGUGAGUGGUCCUCCCUCAUCGCGGAGGCCGUCCGCCGUGUUUGGCCGGCGUGCCGCUUGCCUGCGCUGGCGGUUGGUGAGCCCACUCUCAUGGCUGUCCGCCGACACUCCAAGGAACUUCUGGCUGCUUGUCGUCGCAUUAGUCAGUCUGGCACCAUGCUUUUGGCUCUUCAUAGAGCUUGGCGCAGCAAGGAUACUGCACCUCCGCGGAAGGUCAUUGGUCUUGCCUCGCCACACGUCUGCGCGGAGUGUGGCCUCACCCUCCCAUCGGCUCAUGCCCUCGCAGCCCAUGCCCACAGGAUGCAUGGCCGGGUGGCCUUGUGCACUCAGUACACCUUGGGUACUGUCUGCCUCUGGUGCCUCAAUGAAUUUCAUAACGCGGCUCGGCUCCGUUAUCACCUUUUGCACUCACCUGACUGUGAGCACGGGCUUCGAUGCCGCGUCGGCCCUGUCUACGAAUAUGGGACGGGCACCAAGCGCAGGGGUAAACAGGGGCAUGCCAGGGCACCUGUUUUCCAAGUUGCUGGCCCCCGUAACGCUACUAGUGCUCAGCGUCUUGCGGCUGAGGAAGGGCGUGUUUGCACUGCCGGAGAACUCGCGGCUGAGCUCCAAGCACUGGCACCGGGACCGAGCUUUUCUGACGGGGCACGUUCUGCCCCAGUUGUGCCCUUUCGCCGUCUGGUUGCCGUUCCGCCGUGCCAUGUCCCUUGCUCUCCCGAGGCGGUUCCACCAGCCCACCUUGUGCCGCAGCAGGCUGAGGUCUCUGACCGUCUUGCUGAAGAUGUACCUGCGGGCCCUCGCUCCCGGCCCUCCCCCCAGCUCCGCCCCCCUGACGCUCCUGGGCUGGACUCGCCAGGGGUUGCGCACGAUGAGGUGUACUUUCUUCAUGAAGACCCUCGGGAUGAUUCCCUUGAUGUUCCGUCCUGUCGGUGGCACUGGAUGCCACCGGCGUUGUGGUGCCUUCCCCUCAGUUGGGCACGGUGUUGGAAGUUCUUUCUGGCACUCGAUACGCAGCACCCUUGGUCCUUGUCUGUGUGGCGACUCUCGGCCUUCCUCCGCCGCGAGGAGCACCCCCCUUCUGGCCCGGCGCAAGGCACCCUUGUGGAUUUUGGCCAGGUCGCCUCCAAGCGCAUCCUCUUGUUGCGGCGGCUUCUCACUUGCCUUCACCUGUUUGGCCUGCUGCGCCGUGGUGCCGCGUUGUGGAGCGCACAGCCCUUGCCUGCAGCCUUCUGGGAUUUGGCGAACAAGGUGGUACCCUCUGCUGUUGGCACUUCUGCUGUUGAUGUGCUGGGCUUCGGCACUAUUGUCUGUCUGCCGGCUGUCGCCCCUCGUGCCUUGUCCGCGGUUGCCUCUGGCCUUCUGUCGCGGGCUCGCCCUCGGCGAUUGGCAAUGCCCCACCAGCUUCCCUGCAGCUGA